AUGGAUUUCGCGGUGGCGACUAAUUAUACCGCGGUUAAUUGGAGCGCCGCGCACGCUCCAUGGAUUGUCUACCAUACGGAAUUGUUGAUCUGGUAUUACACGAUGGUGACCCUUAGUGUGCUGGGCACCGUGUUCUGCCUGUUGGUGUUGACGGGGAUUCUCUCGUCUCGCAAGCUCCGCUUUGGCUCCGGCGCCCUCAUCGCUAAUUUACUGGUCAGCCUGCUGCUGCAGUGCGCCCUUUUCGUCCCCCUCGUCACCAUCUCGACGGCCGGCAUCCCGCUGGGCGUCAACACCCUGACCCACGCCAGCCGCAGCUUCUGCCGGCACUCCUUCGUGGGCUACUUUAUCCUGAACAAGGUGGUCAGCAUGGCCGACAUGAUGAUCGGCAUCAACCGCUUCGUGGCCAUCUGCUUCCCGCACCACUACCCCCGCUGGACCACCCGCCCGGCGCUGGCGGUCAUGAUCGGCAUCCCCUGGCUGCUGUCUCUAAUCUUCGGCUUCGCCAUCUACUUCCAGGUGGGCGGGGUCUUCCAGGCGUCGCCGCCGUGGGGCGCCUGCGCCGUGACCUUUGCCAGCGACGCCUCCUCCUGGCUGUCGCUGCUCAUGGGCGUCCUGCUGCCCAUCGGGACGCUGGGACUGCUCUUCUCCAUCAUCUUUAUGCGGCGAUCAUAA